ACGUCAGUCUUCGCACAUGGAAUUGCGAAUCAGUUGCGCUUUUGCGCUCCAGCCAGCCGAACUCACGGACGCGCGAGAACAGCCGCCGCUCAUCGGUGCUGCGCACAGGCUGAGGACUCUAUUCCGACACCCCACUGCAGAGUUUCUAUUUUUUAUAAAUUGGCUUUGUUAAUUUCGUUUUCAUCAGGAAGGCUGAUCUCUCCUUUACGCGAUGGAGAAGAUGUCUCGACCUCUUCCUAUAAGCUCAACUUUCCUACCUCCGACCCACGGCGUCCUGAAAUCCCUGCUGGAGAACCCCAUGAAGCUGCCCUUCCACCACGAUGAAGGUAAAGGCUUUGGGAAAGAAAAAGAGAAGGAGAAGAAGUUGGAAGAGGAUGGAGGCCCUCUCAACGCCCCUCAGUCCGCCUUCUUGGGCCCGACGCUGUGGGACAAGACCCUGCCGUACGACGGCGACAACUUCCAGCUGGAGUAUAUGGACUUAGAGGAGUUUCUGUUGGAGAACAAUAUUCCCGCCAACCCUGGGAGCGAGCAAACCCAGCCUUCCCAGCAGCCUCUGCAGCAGCAGCAGCAGCAGCAGCAGCAGCAACAGCCACAGCAGCCGCCCUCCGCCCCGCCCACGCCCUCGGUGGUGGAUCUCAGUAACCGGACGGCCGCGCCCGUUCACUCGGGGAUCGUGGGCCAGAACUGCCUUCAGAGUUCCAACAGAGCAGGUCACCCUUCACGUGACACACCCAGUCCCAUAGAUCCAGACACCAUCCAGGUUCCAGUCAGGUACGAGCCUGACCCCGCCGACCUCGCCCUCUCCAGCGUCCCGGGACAGGAAAUCUUCGACCCACGCAAGCGCAAAUUCUCAGCAGAGGAGCUGAAGCCACAGCCCAUGAUUAAGAAGGCACGCAAGGUCUUCAUUCCAGAAGACUUGAAGGACGACAGAUACUGGGCACGGCGCAGAAAGAACAACAUCGCGGCCAAACGCUCCCGGGACGCUCGCCGGCUGAAAGAGAACCAGAUCGCCAUCCGCGCGGGAUUCCUGGAGAAAGAGAACGCGGCACUCAGACAGGAAGUGGCUGACCUGCGGAAGGAACUCGGCCGCUGUAAGAACGUUCUGGCCAAAUACGAGGCGCGACACGGCCCUCUGUGAGCCCCUCCCACUCCAUACAAACCCCGCCCACCUCCACAAACGCCCCACCCACCACCACCAACCCAAGGACUCCCGCACCCCUGGGACUUCUGCACGCCUCUUUAAAAGGCGGCAAAUUCUCCUCUCCUUUUUUCACGUUUCUCUUUUCACUUUUCUCUUUACAAACCAUGGAAUGCGUUUGUAUUUCAUUCGUGUCUUUUUUUCUCUUCUGUAGUUUCACACGUUCACUUCUCUCUCUUUCCUUUUAUUUGUUCGCUCGUCUGUUUAUUCCUUCACCAACGAUGGAUCGUUUGUCUGGAAAUGGUUUUCUCUGGAGUGUUUUAUACACCUGUAACACGGACUGAUAAAUGUUUUCCUCGCCGCUCACCCUCCCGUCUGUCAGUCAUCCGCUCGGUCCACCCCCCUCUUCCCAGAGGCUCCGCCCGCUUCCUGUUGCUCGAGCUUCUUUUUGUGUAUAUUUAUGUAUUUUAGUUGAAUAACUGUAGCGCACCGACACCUUUCGUUCUGUGAAGUGUGUAUAACACUAGCUAGCAUCAGAACAUGAUGUUUGUUUUGUUCUUUUCCUAUUCUGUUUUAUCUGUUUUGUUUCAUCAUUACUUUUAAACCAACACCAGCGUAGUUUAUUUUUUGCGUUUUUCUUGCAUUGUCCAUGGAGCAAUAAGCCUGAAUCUCUUCGGAGGGCAAAACACAUAUAAUGUAAGCUAGAUUCUCUUAGUCUAAAGUUUCUGCAAAGCCUGUUUCAUAGCACCAUCAUUUCUGCUGUAGUGCGGAAACUUUCCCUCCAAAACUUUCCCUCCAAAAACGCUGAAUCCAUAUUUGUCUGUCGUUCUCUCUCGCUCUAACUCCCUGCACUAAUGCGUGUUUCACAAUCUGAUCUGGUGCAAUGUUUCUACCUACAACUAUAAUCUGCCUGAUAUAUUUAUGGACUUUUUUUUUUUUUUUUUUUUUUUUUGAAUGGAAGAAUUUUUUUUUUUUUCAAAAAUAUUCAGCUGUUAAUUACUACUAUUGUUAUAGCUGUUCUUAUUGUUAUGGCUGUAUAGUAAUUUUUCCUGAACGUUUAUUGUUUUAUUGGAUAUUUCAGCAUGACUAUUGUUUCAGAGUUGCGGCCUAAAUCUAAUUGUAAAUGUUUUUUUUUUCUUUUCUUUCCUUUUUUUCUUUUUUAGGAUGGAUGAUUAUUCUAUCCUCUUUAUUUUUAUUAUUAUAAUUUUUUUUUUUUUUUUUUUUUUUUUUUUUUUUUACCCAGAGCAUGUUUCAGAAUUUUCUUUUUUUUUUUAAAGUCAGUACAAACAGAUAUUUGUAGUGAUUUAUUUUCUUUCUUUUUGUUCUGUAGCUUCGCGUGUCUGUUGGCUGUAUGACUGUAAUGAAUGUGUUUUAAGAGGUUCUGAGGCGUUCAUUGAGCAGGACGGUGUUGUCUCAAAUACUGUGGUUGAAACCCAAUCAGUUUGUUUACUGCAGACCAAAAGAUACAGCACACAGAUUUAUUGAUAAAACAGAGUUUUAAUGUUUAUAUAUAUAUAUAUAUAUGAAAUCUAUUCUAAGUUGCUUUUUGUACAGUAUUUUUUCCUAUAUAAUACUGUCUGAAUAUUUUCAAGGCACAACAAAUCCAGAGUAGUGCAAGAGAAAUAUAUGAUAGCAUACAUAUAUAUAUCUAUUAUUAUUCAGAGCUAAGUGACAUAGUGUUUUGAUAUAUUAUGAAGUAUAUAACAGGGAGUAAAUGCGAAACCCGUGAUCAUGUCCUCUAUUUUGGGCAUUAAAAACCUUCUGCACCCUUGUAUUCAAAUAGCCUUUAGUAUUCUGUCUCAGGGAAUGCUAGCAGCCGGACCUCAAACCAUAACUCGUAAUAAAGAUUAAAUAUAUAUAUAUAAAUGCAAUAUAUAUAUAUAUUGCUGUGUUCUGUGCAUCAGUAGUUUUUUCCUAUAGGAAGGAGCUGCAAUUCCUCAGUCUAACUCUCACUCUUGAUGCUGUGUAAUGAGUUUCAUUACAGAGCAUUUUACAGUAUUGCUAUUGGUUCUUUGAAUGGAAAUCUAAAGGCUAUGCUUUUUUUAGUCUAUAUAAUUGAGUCUUUUUCACAGCAGAGUGUUGAUAUUGAAUGUUUAGUGCGGCAGCUCAGAGAGUUUUUGCUCGGUUGAAUGUUAAAAAGUCUUGUUGAUGGAGUCACUGGGUUUGAUUGAGGUUUUGUAAAAGUUUUUUCUGGUCUGAGAUCAGUUUUUUUUUUUCUCUUUUUUUCUAUUAGAAGUUACAGGGUUUAAAAGCCGGGAUGGCUGAUCUCAGGUCAGAAGUUGCGUUUGAUGCGCUGGUGACUUCAUUGUUGACAGUAAAAGUCCCCGUCUGCCCCAAUUCAGGCCAAAGUUGAGAUGUGCACAGAUUUGUAUUACUGAGGAUUGAUGGGGCAGAAAUGAUGCUGUUUUUUUUUAUUGUUUCUUUUAAUUUCCCUUGAUUUUCUCCCCCUCAUGUCUGUUUGUUUGUGGUGUAAAUGCAGAUGUGAGACGCGUGUACAAAGCCCUGUGUAGACUGUUUCUAUCUGUACAAAACUGAAAUAAAUCCAGGAUUAAGCCAAACCGUUUCUCGUGAAUAAUGACCCCCGAAAACACAUCCCUGAGGGCGUGAGGAAGACCCAGCCUAGUUUUCAGCAUUUCACCAAUGUGUUCCUCUCCUUGUGGAAAUGGGAAAUGAUUAAAGGUUAAGUAGGUUUUAGUCUUAGGCCACCAUUUAUGCUUCCUUCAGGUGCUAUCAAAAUGAUCGUAAAUAUGGACAAAUUGGACAUGAACUGCCUCUCAAGUUGCAUUCAUGACUGAGAAACAUAAUUUGUGCGAAUAAUAAACUUUAAACAUGGCGGCGGAUAGAACUGCUUAGUGACUGUUGUUAAAUUUCGCGGGCAUGAAAUGUCUGACUAUUAUCAGUAUGUAAGGCACUGCUAACACAAUAAUCACUUUAAACCCUAGGUUUAUGUUUGUCAGCGCGUUCAAUUUAUGUAAUAAAAACGAACUCCCGAUAUCGGAAUGACUGGAUUUUGCCCGCGAAUUUUCGCCGAGUAACGGUAAAUGUGAGCGAAUUGCCGUUACAGCCACGUGCUGUAUAUUAAAGUCUAACAAACUGAUGUAUACAGCAUGUAUUUUACACAGCGAAAGCUUCAAUUUAAUUGAAAUUUAAUUUAAUUUCUUUGAAAUUUAAGUCAAGCAAACUCUAAAUCUAGAUAGUUUAGCCGGGAUUUUUUUAAUGGCUGUAAACGAACGGGACACUAGGCUACAUUUUAUUCAAAAUACUUUGGAUAUUGAUUCAAUAAUUAAAUCUCUAAUACAUUUUGUCUUUAUAUGGUUUUCUCAAGUAAUACGCGAUAACAAACCCGGUGUCCUCCGUGAUUUCUAUUCUCUCCGACAUCAAAACAGUUGAACGCGACGAAUUCGUUAUUAACGAACUUCAAAUGAGGAAUUUCCGGCCAGCAAGUGAAGGCAAGAUUAGCUCAGAAACAACUCACUUUAGACUGUUUGGCAACAGAUUACAUGAGCAGAUCAUCUUAUAUUCACAUAUGUCUACCGUUUAAAAGUAAUUCUAAAGGCCAUAUUAUCAUAAAUUCAUAUUUGCAGUAUUCCCCGUUUUUCACGAAAGGACACAGUGAGAUUGUGUGAAACGGGUUGGCGUCUCCCCUUGGUAAAAUUCACUACCUCAGUCCUGAAAGGAACCUAUAACCAUAUAUUGAACCUGUUUAGUCCAGUGCCUUGAAUUAACUUACCACAGACAAUUCCACACACAUUUUAAGACUUAAAUUUACUUGGACCGGAUCGGACCUGCACGAAAAGGGCUCCCGCGCUGCUCCAAAUUUGACUGACCCCAAAAUCCCACCCUUUAUUCGACACAUUCUCACACCCAGAAUUCACACGGCUCGUCUUGAAAAGACGGGAACCGCCGUAUUGAAGGCAACACCUGCAGACAGACAGUCUAUGAGAGAGACUCACAGCUGGAGAUGUUUGAUCUUGUGUGUCACGUAAAUGGAAGCAGAAAACUGAACCUUUACUCUCUGCUGCCACCUUUUGACUCCUUAUUUCUCUGUACAUUUAGUGUCCAAUAAAGUCUAAAGUUUUUCUCUGAA